UUGUGACCGUGGGGGCGGGGGAAUGUAGUUCCGGUGGCGGCCAUCUUGUGGCGAGCAGCCGCUAGACGUAGCGGAUCCCGAGCCGGGGCCCAGCCGCCGGGACAGAGCCGGACAACAGCAACAAACCGCCAUCUGCUCACAGUCUCCCGCCUUACCAACUGUCCCAUCCCAGCGGCUGAGGCCGGACAGCCCGCCCGCCCGCGGGAUGGCGUUGAAGCGGAUUAACAAGGAACUUGCUGACUUGGCUCGUGAUCCUCCAGCACAGUGUUCUGCAGGGCCAGUUGGAGAUGACAUGUUUCACUGGCAAGCCACAAUCAUGGGACCUAAUGAUAGUCCAUAUCAGGGUGGAGUCUUUUUCUUGACAAUUCACUUUCCUACAGACUACCCUUUCAAACCACCCAAGGUUGCGUUUACUACAAGAAUUUAUCAUCCAAAUAUUAACAGUAAUGGCAGCAUCUGUCUUGAUAUUCUAAGAUCACAGUGGUCCCCUGCUUUAACUAUUUCUAAAGUACUAUUGUCCAUUUGUUCACUGUUAUGUGAUCCAAAUCCUGAGGACCCGCUAGUGCCAGAGAUUGCACGUAUAUACAAAACAGAUAGGGAUAAGUAUAACAAACUAGCCCGGGAAUGGACUCAGAAAUAUGCAAUGUGAUACCUUGGAAUUCAAAUAUCUUACGUUAUAGCUGGAAUAAACUUUAAAUUACUGAUUUUUGGUUUUCUAUUUGGCUGCCCCCUUAUAAGAUCACAUCUUUCAUCCCCCAUCCACGUGCUCUUGAAGGCAAUUUAGUACUUCUGCUUCGACAAGACCAGCACUCUGAAUUUUUAAUGUAGUUUCAUCAUUCAUCUGAAACUCUGACCUCCCUUAUAAAUGGAGCAUGUGUUAAGUGGCCAAUACUUUCACAAUAACUUGGUUAUGAGACUAAAAGCAUUCCUCAUUGCUGUAACAGUGGUGAUUUUUAAUCUGAAAUUGAACAAGUCAGCAAUUAAACUCCACUCUUAAAGGAUUGCUGCUUCGUUGGACAACAUUUUUCAUUUUCCCCAGAUAAAAUUACCUAUUUACUUUAUGCUCAUAACUUUGUUAUCAAUGGUGGAUUGGUACAGGAUGUCAUAGUGUCAGCAUUAAUUAAAAUAUUGGCUGUAUUUUAUGCAUGUUAAUAAAAGGAAUGACUUGA